UUGCAGAAAUAUGAUCUCGUUUACGACAAGAAUAUCACGGGCCAGUUUUUCCUCUAAACGUGUAACACUUCCGGAAGGUCCAUCAUUACAGGAUUUUAUUGAAACAGGAAAUUCGAAUGAUGCUAUGGAAAGAUAUGGAAUGCAGAUGAAAUUGGAAGCCAAUGCUAAAAGAUUACGUUUACCACCAUGGCUAAAACGUAGCAUACCUUCUGUGGAUAAUGCAAAUUUCACGCAGUUGAAGAAACAAGUAAAAAAAUUAAAACUUGCAACGGUUUGCGAGGAAGCUCGUUGUCCUAAUAUUGAAGAAUGUUGGAGUGGCUCGAAGAAUGCACCAUCGACAGCGACCAUUAUGCUGAUGGGUGACACAUGCACUAGAGGAUGCAAAUUUUGCUCCGUCAAAACCUCACGUAAACCACCUCCGCUCAAUCCCGAAGAGCCAAUAAAUACAGCUAAAGCUGUUGCUGAAUGGGGAAUUAAGUAUGUUGUGUUGACAUCUGUAGACAGAGACGAUAUCGAAGAUGGUGGUGCAUCCCAUAUAGCAACAACAGUGCAACACCUUAAACAAGAAUGUCCGGAAAUAUUGGUGGAAUGUCUCGUUCCUGAUUUUCGCGGUUCAUUGAGCUCUGUCGAAACGGUUGCUUCUUCUGGAUUAGAUGUUUAUGCUCAUAAUAUGGAAACUGUUAGAAGAUUGACACCAUGGGUACGAGAUCCGAGAGCUACCUAUGACCAAUCAUUGAAAGUUCUAGAACAUGCGAAGAAAUUUCGUAUAGAUAUUGUCACAAAAACUUCGUUAAUGCUUGGUUUGGGCGAAACAGACGAGGAAGUUUUGACAACAUUACAUGAUUUACGUAAAAUUGGUGUGGAUGCACUUACAUUUGGUCAAUAUAUGCAACCUACUAAAAGACAUUUAUUGGUGAAAGAGUGGAUUACUCCAGAAAAAUUUGAGGAAUGGCGAGAAGUAGGAGAUAAAUUGGGAUUUUUGUAUACGGCAAGUGGUCCUCUCGUUCGAUCAUCUUACAAAGCCGGCGAAUAUUUUUUGGGAAAGGUUGUGAAGAAUCGCAAACGAGAUGUCCAGAAAAGCUAGUGCUGCUAAUGCUAAUAUUAUGCUCCUAGUUUUAGUGUUUGUAGGUUAUAUAUUUGCUCAUCCUCAUAGUGAUAUUAAUAUAUUGUAUAUAUCAUUUACUGCUUAUUAUUAAAAGGACUAAAGUAAGUUUUCG